CCCGGAAGUGCAGCCGCUAGGUUCCAUGGGUACAGGGCGCCCAAGACGAUUCUAUGUUUCGCGUACAAACAACUUUUCCAAAUAGUACGCGUGACAGGGUACCACAUGCACAACUAAGCAGCUGCCAUGGGGAAGAAGAAAGCGCAGAAGGAUGGAAGGGCUGCGCCUAAACAGAAAGAAUGUCGGCAUAAGAAAGCAUCAAAGAGCCUGGAAGCUUUUGCUAGUGAAGUCCAUGAGGCUUUGGAUGCCAGCAUUCAGGAGGAUGGAGCAGAAGGGAGUGACACCAAGUUUAAGUUCCCUUGUGCACUUGCCAUGUGGGAACUGGGACACUGUGACCCAAAGCGAUGUACAGGCCGGAAACUUGUCCGAAAAGGCUUGGUCAGGAACCUGCGAAUUAACCAGAGGUUUAAUGGUCUCAUCCUGAGUCCAAUGGGAACCUUGUAUGUCUCUCCAGCUGACAAACAGAUCGUAGCAGACAGCGGAGUAGCUGUGAUAGACUGCUCAUGGGCUAAACUGGAUGAAACGCCAUUCACUAAAAUGAGAGGAAGCCACCCCCGACUGCUGCCUUACCUAGUAGCGGCAAACCCAGUGAAUUAUGGGCGGCCUUGCAAACUGUCCUGUGUAGAAGCCUUUGCUGCAACGUUUUGCAUUGUAGGUUUCCCAGAACUGGCCACUAUUCUCCUGAGGAAAUUCAAAUGGGGGAAAGUCUUCCUGGAGCUGAAUAAGGAUCUGCUGGAGAAGUACAGUAACUGCCAGAACAUGGAGGAAGUACUGAAUGUAGAGAAGGAGUAUCUAGCAACGGCCAGUGCUAAAGAUACUGACGAUAUUGAUCCAUUUGAUGUUGAAUCUGGAAGAGAGUUUUCCAAUCUGAAUAGAGACAUCACUUCUGAUAGAAAGGCAAAUAAUUAUGAGGAUGACACAGAUGAGGAAGAUGAUGACGAUGCUGAGGAUGGAACAGAUGAUUCUGAAAGUGAUGAAGAAGCAGGGUCAGAGGAAGAGAGUAACGAUGAAGCAGCAGCAAGUAAACCAGUAAUAUGGAAAGGAGUGAAAAAAAGACUUCGAGAUUAGAUGGUUGGAGGAUUUCUCCGUCACAGCAUGCUAUUAAGUAAUAAGGGGGUGUCAUAUCACAUAAUGAAUUGUCAUUUAUUUCCUGGCCUUGUAGGCUCAAUGAAUAAACAGCAAUUGGGUUUUACAGAUCCUUGUGGAACCCCUACAUGCCCUUCCCACAUGUUCUUACAUAAGAAGGAAAUGUAAGAUCAUUGAGCGGUGCCAGUUUGGUAACCCCCACCCCCCCCAGUGACUGAUAGCACUAAUCUCCGGCCCAAUGGAGUUCAUAUAAAACCAUUUUAUUCUGUCAAGUGACAGCGCCCCAUUCUGUUCAGUGGGCUCGGCACAUCACGCACAGGGAAAACAUUUGAGCAACUCUUCUCUGUGUGGAGCAAAUUGUUCCACUGAAGAAAAGAAAUGGUUCAAUGGAAAAUGCCUGAUUUCUUUUUUUUUUUUUUUUUUACUAAGCGUUAAUUAUCAUCAUAAAAUCUGCCUUAUAGGGUCAGGUACAUUUUUUGAGGAGACUCUUAUUUAUCAACUAAAUGCAAUGGGAGUAAUUGACAUGUUUUGUGUCAGCACAGUGUAUAUUUUGAUUAAAAUGACAUUUAUUGUAUCCUU